AUGGGGACACGAUAUUCAACAAACUUCAUGCACGUCUGUGUGUUGAGGGACUUGCAUUUCCCCUUCUGCGUCGCCAGUAAUGUCUGUAAUUCCGAGGCUGACUUGCUGCUGUUGAGUCUGCACGUAAUGGAGAUCAGAGAAAGUGCAACAUUGACCAGAGAUGUACUUGAGCAACAUUUUAACGAUCUAAAAGGGACCUUAAAGAAGCUGUUGGAUGAGCGACUGCUGUCACUGCUGCAGGAAGUGGAUGCUAUAGAACAAGACAGCAUCAAACCUUUGGAUGAAUGCCAGAAGCUAAUAGAGCACGGAGUCAGUACAGCCAAUGAUCUGCUCCGGGAAGGAGAGAGUGCAGUCCAUGGAGAUGUGGGACAACAGAAUGAGAAACUUUGCAGCUUUACAAAAAAAGCUUUACAUAUUCAGCUAGAUAGCUUACCAGAAGUGCCCUCCUUGGUUGAUGUGCCUUGUUUAUCUGCCCAGUUGGAUGACUGCCUUCUUACUAUAUUGAAAAAUCAAAUAUUCAGACAUGGAACUGUGGCAUCUCGCCCACCUGUACAGCUAGAGGAAUUUGUUGAGAAGCCUGGAGGUAUUUUAGUCCGAUGGUGUAAGGUGGAUGAUGACUUCGUACCACAAGAUUACAGGCUGCAGUAUCGUAAGAGUACUGCCAGUCACUUUGAAGAUGUAUACGUCGGCUCUGAGACAGAGUUCAUAGUGCUGCAUAUUGAUCCUGAUGUUGAUUACCAGUUCAGAGUCUGUGCCCGCGGAGACGGACGGCAAGAGUGGAGCCCCUGGAGCGUUCCUCAGAUCGGCCGUACCACGCUGGUUCCCCAUGAAUGGACAGCUGGCUUGGAGGGUUACAGCUUGAGCAGUCGAAGAAACAUAGCGCUUCGAAAUGAUUCUGAGUCAUGCGGUGUGCUCUACUCCAAAGCUCCGACUUACUUCUGUGGGCAGACAUUAACAUUCAGAAUUGAAACUGUGGGGCAGCCAGACAGACGGGACAGCCUGGGCGUGUGUGUGGAGCAGCAGAAGGGCUAUGAUUCUCUGCAGCGGGACAAAGCUGUGUGCGUUAGCACAAACGGGGCAGUGUUUGUAAAUGGAAAAGAGAUGACAAACCAACUGCCUGCUAUUACGUCCGGCUCCACAGUGACGUUUGACAUGGAAGUUGUGCACUUAGGCCCUUCCAGCAACGAGGGAGGAAACUUCAAGCUUCGAGUAACCAUUAGCUCCAACAACAGAGAGGUGGUCUUUGACUGGGUACUCGAUCAGUGCUGUGUCUCUUUGUAUUUUGGAUGUUCUUUUUCAUACCCAGGCUGGAAAGUUUUGGUGUUUUAG